CAUGGCUCUGCCGUUGCCAUGGCGACAGUGCCCUCUCUGGGUACGGAAGGCUGGAGAAGUUGCUCUGGAUCUGCGUCAUAUUUUUUUUUUCCAGUGGAUCUGUGAGCUCUCUCCCGCCUCCUCUUCUCACUCUCCAUCCUUCUCUCUCUCUCUCUGUCAGUCCAUUCUUUUUUUUUAAAGGCUAAUUGACCCAGCUCCAGAUCGUCAGCACUCAAAGCUCGGUCUACCACAAACAUCGCAGAUUGUGAAGAGAUAAAAGGUGGUGGCCACAGUGGGGCCGUCGACGUGGCUGUGAGGAAAGAGGCAAAGUAGUCAGCAAGCUUGACAGGCACUGUGAAGAACUCAGCCGUGUGUGAGAUCUGGUGGCUCAAGGUGCAGUCUGCCAGAGGGAAGGACACGCAAGCAAGGUGACGUGAACAGAGUGAAGGGAUCGAUCACAGGCCAGACUCAGCUGCUGACAGGGGAACCAGGAGCUGUCUGUCCUCAUGGGAGGCUCUGUCCUAAGGAAACUCUGAGCGAGAGGAAGUCCAUGCUAGCAGUGUGUGGACUCGACAGCAGCUUUCCAUUACGAGCAGAGCCCAACAUGUGAGAAGAUGUCUGUUGGAGGUUGUGCUUGCCCAGGCUGUUCGUCCAAGUCGUUCAAGCUGUACUCCCCAAAGGAGCCUCCCAACGGUAGUGCCUUCCCCCCUUUUCAUCCAGGCACCAUGCUGGACCGAGAUGUGGGCCCAACUCCAAUGUAUCCCCCUUCAUACAUGGAACCUGGCAUAGGGAGACACACACCGUAUGGAAACCAAACAGACUACAGGAUAUUUGAACUCAAUAAACGACUACAGAACUGGACAGAGGACUGUGACAACUUGUGGUGGGAUGCAUUUACUACAGAGUUUUUUGAAGAUGAUGCCAUGUUAACAAUCACAUUCUGCCUGGAAGAUGGGCCCAAACGAUACACUAUUGGCCGGACAUUAAUCCCUCGCUACUUCAGGAGUAUCUUUGAGGGAGGGGCUACUGAGCUAUUUUAUGUGCUGAAGCACCCUAAGGAGUCCUUUCACAGCAACUUUGUGUCUCUGGACUGUGAUCAGUGCACCAUGGUCACUCAGAAUGGCAAGCCCAUGUUUACACAGGUUUGUGUGGAAGGCAGACUCUAUCUGGAGUUCAUGUUUGAUGAUAUGAUGCGCAUAAAGACAUGGCACUUCAGCAUCAGACAGCACCGUGAAGUUGUGCCACGCAGUAUACUCGCCAUGCAUGCCCAAGACCCUCAGAUGCUUGAUCAGCUCUCAAAAAACAUCACAAGAUGUGGCUUGUCCAAUUCAACAUUAAACUACCUCCGACUUUGUGUAAUCCUGGAGCCUAUGCAGGAGCUGAUGUCCAGACACAAGACCUACAGCCUCAGUCCUCGAGACUGCCUAAAGACCUGCUUAUUUCAAAAAUGGCAACGAAUGGUUGCCCCGCCAGCUGAACCAGCGAGACAAGCACCUAACAAGCGGCGGAAAAGGAAGAUGUCUGGUGGCAGCACUGUGAGCACUGGUGGGGGCACCAACAACAACAGCAACAACAGCAAGAAGAAAAGUCCAGCCAGCAGCUUUGCGCUCUCCAGCCAGGUACCUGAUGUGAUGGUGGUGGGUGAGCCCACUCUGAUGGGAGGGGAGUUCGGGGACGAGGAUGAGCGGCUGAUCACACGGCUGGAGAACACGCAGUUUGAUGCGGCCAAUGGCAUCGAUGACGAGGACAGUUUCACCAGCUCCCCAGCCCUGGGCAACAACAGCCCCUGGAACAACAAAGCUCCCUCCAGCCAGGAGAGCAAGAGUGACAACCCCACCUCACAGUCAGCCCAGUAGACUACAGCACUCACUGUGGAGGGUUAGGGACAGUCAUGCAGUUAAUGGAGGGCAGUUCAAAAUGCCCACUCUUUGUUUAGUGUGGCAUUCGCGUUAUAGUUCUUAAAGCCGGCCUUCCUGUCAUAGUGUUCCACCCUAAGGAGUCCUCACUGGCCAGACUCUUUGAUUUGUCUUUCAACUUGUGAAACUGUGCUUUGUGAAUUACUGUAGGAUUUAAAUUUUAUAGAUUAAAAUUUGAUAUUUAAAUUACCUUUGUUUUACUUCUUUGAGAGGAUCUCGCUGCGCAUUUAUGCCCAAGAGAAACUGUUUUUCCCACUCAGAGAAUCAAUGUCUGGUCUGUUUGAGUUCUCUAAGCCUUUGAUCGGCAGAGUUAGUGAAGGCAGUCGUGAUUGUGGGUUCUUGUUCCAACCUCGGGUCUCUUUGGGUGCUGUGCUUGACAAUGCAUGGCGGUUUCUGUUGUGCUCACUUCACAGGUCAACUUUUCUUUUAUUUAAUCAUCUGGCAGAUAACUAUUGUAUGCACCUCAGAUUCAAAACCAACACUCCUAAAUUAUUUGUUUUGUAGGACCUGGUUGGAACAAAAACCUGUACAGUUCCGGAGCUUGAGGACCGGAGUUGAGAACCACUACGUAAAGUCUUUUAACAAAUGUUUUAAAAAAGUGUAUUGUUGAUGGUACUGGAGUACUGGACAUAUUCGCUGUGGUCAUAGGCAGAAAUUGCUUGACCAUAAAACCAGGCUCAAGAGUUGUAUUUUUAUUUGCUUGUUUUUAUUUUUUACAUUUAGUUUUCUUUUUUAAUUUUUAUAUCAAUUUGUAAGGGGAAAAAUUAUAAGCAAGUUAAACACCCUGAGUAUCUUUUGCACUGUUGUCACUGUAUUUUCAAUCUAUUUUUCUUAUGAAAUUAUAGUACAUUUUGUUCUCUUUCCCUAUUAAAAUGUGGAAUUCGAUUAAAUCUGUAACUGGAGAAUGGUAGAGAUGUAUAUUAAUUAGCUAUUAUUGUUAUUAUUAUUAUUAUUUACAUUUGUGGCAUUUAGCCAAAUAAUAUUUUAUGUCAAUAUUAUGCUUUACAUUUUUUGCUAUGGGUAAGUUCCUGUUAAAUAUGUACUAAAAUUAGGUUAUCAGGGCAUGUAUGUCUAGAAACUUGCAUGUUCUAGACGUUUAGCGAAUCCCUCUGUAAGUCUCAGUGUUUCCAGGAACUCACCUGUUCUGGUAAUCAUGGUUGGAGAUACUUCCAUUUUUUUGUGCAUACUUUUUCUAGAAGCUUUUGUGUUCAGUGUCCAUGAUUUGGUUUUUUUUUCUUUUCUCUUUUCAAAGAAGUUAUCAGCUCAAAACCUCUUGAAAUCUUAAUGGUACACUGACCAAAUGGUCUCCAAUGCGAAGGAUUCUCAUUCUCUCUCUCUGUCUGUCGCUCUCUCUCUCU